GAAGAAAGAAGGUGUCUGUAUAUACUAUAUAUAUGGGACUCUGUUGGACAAUGGAACAUGUGGCAUCUUGUUGUGAAGAAAGAUGGCUUCUUGUCUGUGGACUGUGUGCAUGAGUUUCCUCUUUUUAGCUUCUGGAGUUACAAGCGCUGCUCCAAAGAAGCCUGUGGAUGUGCCUUUCGGCAGAAACUAUGUCCCAACUUGGGCUUUUGAUCACAUCAAAUACAACAAUGGGGGUAAUGAAAUUCAGCUGCUCCUGGAUAAAUACACAGGGACUGGCUUCCAAUCCAAGGGCAAUUAUUUGUUUGGUCACUUCAGCAUGCACAUAAAAAUGGUUCCCGGAGACUCUGCUGGAACGGUCACUGCUUUCUAUUUAUCUUCUCAAAACUCAGAGCAUGAUGAGAUAGACUUUGAGUUCCUGGGGAACAGAAGUGGGCAACCCUACAUUGUGCAGACAAAUGUGUUCACUGGAGGGGCAGGAAACAGAGAGCAGAGAAUAUUUCUGUGGUUUGAUCCUACCAAAGACUACCACACUUACUCUGUCCUCUGGAAUCUUUAUCAGAUUGUGUUUUUUGUGGACGAUGUGCCAAUAAGGGUGUUCAAGAAUAGCAAAGAUUUGGGAGUGAGGUUUCCAUUCAACCAGCCCAUGAAGUUAUAUUCUAGCCUCUGGAAUGCAGAUGACUGGGCUACCAGGGGCGGCUUGGAGAAGACAGACUGGUCAAAGGCGCCAUUCGUGGCUUCCUAUAAGGGAUUUCACAUUGACGGGUGUGAGACAUCGGUGAACGCCAAGUACUGUGAGACACAGGGCAAGGAAUGGUGGGAUCAGAAGGAGUAUCAAGAUCUUGACAGCAACCAAUACAAGAGACUCAAAUGGGUUCGGCAGAAAUACACCAUUUACAAUUACUGCACUGAUCGUGUUCGCUUCCGUCAACCUGCUCCUGAAUGCAAAAGAGACCGUGAUAUUUGAAGUUGUUCUUGCUUGAUGACAAGUAGCUUUGAGUUGUUUUCUUCUUCAUUCAAACUGUUGUGGCAGAUCCUCCUGUAUAUUUUUUUUAAUCAAAACCCCACAUCUAUUGUAUGUUUGAUGUUCUUUCUCUGGACAAAUAACAUUUGCAUGGAAUGAUAUGUGCUUUA